CCCCUUUUGGUAUCUUCGGUCUCCUCACUCACUUUCCUUAUUCCCUCUGCCAUAUCAUGAAGAUGAAGAGGAAGAAGCCCCACAGCAAAACCACUGUUCAUCCCACCCCGCCACUGACGGAUAAGCUCGCAUUCUUGCCAGAUUCAGUUAUCUCUAUGGCAGGGGCCCUCUCCGAUGAUGAGCAAGAAGCCCUCGCCUAUAUCAUCUCUCGCCCUUCCGGGAACAAUAACAGGACAACCGCCGCCGCAGACGGUGGCGCAGACCACCCUCCCUCUUUCGACUGCCACUGCUUCAACUGCUACAUGAGCUACUGGGCAAGGUGGGACUCUUCUCCCAACCGUCAUCUCAUUCAUCAAGCCAUUGACGCUUAUGAGGACGACUUACAGAUCAAGAAGGAGAAGAACACGGGAGGAAUGAAGAAGGGCGGCAGUAAAGAUUCUAGUAGUUCUUCGGGGGGAAACCCAAGAAAUUCUGAGGUGAUUACGAAUGGGGAGGAUUCCGGCGAGGCAGGCCCUACAGAGGAGAGACUCGGCUCCGCCGGCGAUGGUGGAGGCGGCGAAGAUGGGCGCGCUGAGCAGAAAGGGGCGUUGAGGAGGGUAAUGGCAUUCGUGGGAGAAAAGUGUCUGAGUAUUUUUAGUUUAAGGAAAGGCUAGUUUGGUUAAUCUCACACAACGGCGGAGCUCCGGCUGCCGAAGUGGCGGACACCAGACUGUCUUGGGAACCUCGUUUCUUUGUUACUCAUUAAUUAGUCAUUUUUUUUACCUUCAUCCAGUACGUAGAUUUUUUGAAUUCUGGGUUUCUUCUUCUUCAUUUGAGUAGUGUAAACUGUAAAAUGUGAAGUGCUUUUUCUCCCCUGAUUUGGGGUCUUUCUGUAAACUGACAUUGUAAAAGACGCUGCUGCUCUGUUUUGAAUGAACUAGUGGGAAUUGCUGGAGAAAUUUUGUUGAAUUAAUGAAUGAAUAUGAAAAGGGUGUAUAGCAGAAUUUCAC